UGAAAACCUCAUAAUCGCAAGGUCGUAAUAAUAUAAUACGCCUGACGUAUUGACGUCCACGCUAAAUCAAACAUCUUAUCAGAUAACAAAAGUGUAUAUCAAUACGCACUUCGAGCUGAUAGACGGAUCGAGAAUAAAUCUGUGUCCGAACGUUUUGUAUGAGGAUAGAUACCAACCGAGCUACAUCAACAUCUAUCCACGUUAUAAUGGCGCCGCUUAAAGUAAUUACGAUUCUCGUUUUGGUCGUUCUCUGCAAUACAUCAGCUGCACUGGGAAAGCAGGGCUUUGGUCCAGGCGAUCAAGAAUGGGGCUACGUAACAGUCAGACCAGAGGCUCACAUGUUCUGGUGGCUAUACUACACAACGGCGGACGUGAGUUCCAAGUACGAAGAAAAGCCUCUGAUUAUUUGGCUCCAGGGAGGACCUGGAGUUUCCGGUACUGCAUUCGGUAAUUUUGAAGAACUCGGUCCCCUCGACACAAAGCCAAGCAAACAUACUUGGUUAAAUACGGAAAUUUUUUAUUUUGACCGUUGGUAAAUUGGUAGAUUAUUAGCUUUGGAGCAGGGAAACCCCAUAGUGUAAUGUAUAUGGGGAAUUCUACGGGAAAAAUGCACUUUUCUGGUUGCAGAAACCGCGAAAAACAAAUGUUGGGGAAU